AUGGGACUGUGGUCAUUUUGGAGUUUUUCCCUUUUGGCUUUCGUCUUGCUGUACCCCUUUCACCCCAAGUUUGUGGCUCAAGCGGAAAUAAGUUUACCCAGAGCCAACGACAGAUUUUAUCGCCUGGAGGUAACGCCACUGGAGGCACGUAUAACCCGUAAAUCAACCGCGGUCAAAGUGGACAACAUCACAAAAGUUUUACGCGCUUUUGAAUCGGAGGCACCCUGUGCUUUGAAACCGAACAAUGGCAACCAAGUGGGGAAUGAGACAAAGAGUGGACUUAGAGAGGAGCCACUGAUCGGCAACAAAACGGCACCAAACUGUCACAAAAUACCUGGUGAAAAGUGUGCCAACAUAUCCGAGGACAACCAGAGGCGACCUGCAGCGAAUAUAAUGUUAGAAAACACAUUUCCUGACACAAGAAAGAGGGUUAAAAGGAGUGUGGGCACAGCGCACACCGAAAAUGUGGAUAGGAGUAUAAGUGGGGAAGCGCAGUCAAAAGAGAGGUUCGUGGAGGCUGUCCAAGGUGUUGCCAACUCCAGACCCGAGUACCGGCGCGGCGGGGAAGACGCUAGAGGGGCUAACCCGAGGCAGGGUGAGCCGCACCUGGACACUUCUACUUUUGCUCUGUCGGGAGACUCCGCGCACAACCAGGCGAUGGUGCACUGGUCCGGACACAACAGCAGCGUGAUCCUGAUCUUGACUAAGCUGUAUGACUUCAACCUGGGGGCUGUUACUGAGAGCUCACUCUGGAGAUCCUCUGAUUAUGGAAGCACCUACACCAAACUCAACGACAAAGUGGGCUCAAGGACGGUUUUAAGUUACCUGUACGUCUGCCCGACCAACAAACAGAAGAUAAUGAUGCUUAGCGACCCAGAGGUAGAGAGCGCUGUUCUCAUCAGUUCAGAUGAAGGGGCAAGCUUUGAGAAGCAUCCCAUUAACUUCAAUAUCCUGAGCCUGCUCUUCCAUCCUGCACAGGAGAACUGGAUGCUGGCUUACAGUCAUGACAGCAAGCUGUACAGUUCGAUGGACUUUGGAAGGAAGUGGCAGCUUGUCCAUGACAACGUGAUGCCAGGCCGGUUCUACUGGGCGGUAAUGGGGCUGGACAGAGAAUCAGAUGUGGUCCACAUCGAGACGCGCAUCGCGAAAGGCCGCGCCCAGUACGUGAAGUGCAGAGCCCAACGCUGCACAGAAGGCAGCCGACUGUACCUCUUCCCUGGACAUGUAGACACCAACUCGCUGGUUGUGCAGGAUGAAUAUGUUUUCACACAGGUAACCAAGUCAGGACGAGCCAGCUACUUCGUCUCCUACAUGAGAGAGUCCUUCAAGCGGAUGAAAUUGCCUAAAUAUUGUCUUCCGAAGGACAUGCAUAUCAUCAGUACAGAUGAGAAGCAGGUAUUUGCUGCAGUCCAGGAGUGGAAUCAGAACAACACUUACAGCCUGUAUAUCUCAGACUCCCCCGGGGUCUACUUUACCCUUUCAUUAGAGAAUCUGAGAACCAGCAGAGGACCUGCCGGUAACCUACUGGUUGACUUUUAUAAGGUUGAGGGGAUAAAUGGCAUGUAUCUCGCCAACAAACUGCUGGACAGCCAUGUCAAGACUUUCAUCACAUACAACAAGGGACAAACAUGGGCCCUGCUGCCAGCCCCUGCCGCUGAUGUGGCUGGAAACAACCUUCACUGCAUUCUGCCAUUUUGUUCGCUGCAUCUUCAUCUGGAGAUGUCGGAGAAUCCCUACACGUCCGGACCCAUCACCAGCAAGAAGUCCGUGCCGGGAAUCAUCGUGGCUACAGGGAAUAUCGGAACAGAGCUGUCCUCCACUAACCUUGGGAUGUUUAUAACAUCUGAUGCAGGGAAUAGCUGGAGACAGAUUUUUGAUGAAGAGCACAACGUUUGGUUUCUUGACAAUGGAGGGGCUUUGCUGGCGGUGUUGCACGCAGCGACGCCUAUUCGACACUUAUGGAUCAGUCUAGACGAAGGAAAAAAAUGGGACCGCCACAGCUUCUCCUUGGCACCUCUGUAUGUGGACGGAGUUUUAAUGGAGCCAGAAUCUGACAAUCACAUUAUCACUUUCUUUGGACACUUCAGUCAUCGAUCAGAGUGGCAACUGAUCAAGAUCGACUACAAGGGCCUCUUUAGUAGGAGAUGCAUGGAUGGAGAUUAUCAGACAUGGCACCUUCACAACAAGGGAGAGCUGUGUGUGAUGGGCGAGAAGCAGAUCUAUAUGAAGCGCAGGCCAGGCAACCGUUGCAUGCUGGCCCAGGACUAUUCGAGGAUCUAUUCCUCAGAGCCAUGCCUCUGCACAGCCUAUGAUUUUGAAUGUGAUUAUGGUUGGGAACGCCAGACCGACGGCAAGUGCUCCCCUGCUUUUUGGUUUAAUCCAAACGGUGUGGCUAAAAGCUGCAGCACCAGCCAAAGCUUUCUUAACAGCACAGGGUAUCGUAAAGUUUUGUCCAAUAACUGUAAGGAGGCCGGGAGGAAUGUGUACUCGCCCAAGAGGCAGUUGUGUCGCCCCAGACCACCCAGAGGCCUCCGGCUGACCACCAGUCAAGGGGAGCUCAGUGCCACUGUUGGAAACAACGUUACCUUCAUGGUCUACCUCGAAGAUGGAGACUCGCUGAGGACCAGCAUCCAGCUCGACUUCGGGGACGGCAUCAAGAUCACAUACUCUAACCUGAGCAGGACCGAUGAUGGCAUCAACCACAUCUACAGAGCGACUGGGAUUUACCGAGUGACAGCAUCUGCCGAAAACAGCCAGGGAUCUGACAGCAGCACGCUGUUUUUACACAUCACCAGUCCAGUGGAGCGUAUAUACCUCUCCACUCCUAUUGUAGCCAUCAGGGGGAAGGAGGUUAAUCUGACUGCGUUGGUAUGGCCGAGUCACACCAGAACAUUGACCUUCUUCUGGUGGUUUGACAACAGCUCCGAGCCCAUUAUAACCUUGGAGGGAAGCAUCUCAUACACAUUUCACAGAGAAGGAAAAAACAAGGUCACGGUCCAGGUUGCUUCUGGGAGCACCAUAAUGCAGGAUUCAAAAGUUAUAACUGUUAAAGAGUUCUUCAGGUCGCUGCUGUUGUCAUUCUCACCAGCUCUUGAUGAGCACAACCCUGACAUCCCCGAGUGGAGGGAGGACAUAGGGCGUGUGGUGCGGACAGCUCUGUCACAGGUGUCUGGGGUUCCUGAAGAUCAGCUGCUGGUGUCUUUGUAUCCUGGACUUCCAUCCACAGCAGAGCUCUUCAUCCUGCCUGACGAGCAUACGUCAAGUGAGCACAAGAGAGGAAGUGAGGACGCUUUAGAGACGAUAUCAGAUAUUUUUGUCACUGCCCUGAACCAAGGCCUGAUCCAGUUUGAGCUGAAAGCGGAUGUUCGCAUUAUUGUGUACAUGACUCAGCAAACUUUGGCACCACUUGUGGAUUCAAACUCCAUCCACAGUGGGUCGGCCAUGCUGAUGCUGCUCACUGUGGUGUUUGUUGGUUUAGUGGCAUUCUUCAUCUACAAGUUCAAAAGGAAAAUCCCUUGGAUCCAUGUUCAGACUGAAGACAGUCAUGAGAAGGAACCGGAGGUGAUCAGUACAGUCGGACAGAACGACAACAUGUCCAAGGUCAAGCUCAGUGAAUUUCCCUCUCAGAAAGAACUCAUGGAAAAGGAGUUGGAGGCCAGGAGCAGAGGAGGAAUUGGAAGAAAUAUGGAGAGAAUUGUCACAAGGGAAUUUCCAAACUGUACUAAUGUCUGA